AUCAGCUGCAUGGCGGUACUGUAUCGGCUGCAGCAGCAGAACCGAUCAGUGAAAGUGGUUCGGGGCACGCGAGCUUGGUUUUGGUGGUACACCGCGUGUGCUUAGCUCAGGUGCACCGCGACCACCGCAACAGGUACCAGUAGUAUCUCAGCACCACCACGUAACAUGACGCGAAAAGAUGUGGUUCUGGCCGCGACGACCGUCAUACUACUCGCGGCGUAUGUUAAUGCUAUCUUGGAUCAACAACCUUCCUAUGUAAAAACCUGCAAGAUCAAAGAGCCCAGAGAAAUUUUUGUCAAUUGUUCAACACAUUCUGUACAAGAACUAUUCAAUUACAUUCCAAAAGGUGUACCGGAGAUUGGACUGCAAACGCUGGAUCCAUUGGAAGUACCUGUCAUAAACAUUCUCCAAGGAGGAGGAGGUCCAGUAACGGUAAACGCUUCCCUAAGCAACGUAACUGUAAAAGGAUUUGGAAACACCAAAAUCCUCCACAACAGUGUCGAUCCCAAAACGUACGACUUCUACACGAAACUUAACUUGCCAAGGCUAAGGAUAGACGGCCACUAUGAUCUGCUUGGAAGAAUCUUGGUCAUUCCACUGAGAGGUAAAGGGACGUGCUGGUUUGACGCAAAGAACCUGGAAAUCAACGUGAAGAGCGAUGUGAUAAUGGAGAAACAUGACGGUUUUCACUUUUUCAACGUGACAAAAGUGCACGUCAAAUUUAGCAUCGGCGGCCUCAAAUUGCACAUGGGCAACCUAUUCGACGGCAUCAAAGCUCUAGAGGAAUCAACCAAUGCAUAUCUGAAUGCAAACUGGAGACCUGUAGCAGAAUCUCUGAACCCAAUACUAACAAGGACAAUAGAGGACAUCAUGCUCGACAUCUUAAGAAAAGUUUUUGACAAUAUUCCAGCAGAUUUUUUCCUUGGAGAUUUGGAUCCUUAGAAAAAUUAAAAUGCUAUCGUAGAAGUAGUACAAAUUUUGGAAGUGAUAGCGACAUGUAUCGCUCAAAGGCAUGUUUUCUCUAGAAGUAGAAUAUUGAUUGCAUUGAGGGAUUUAGCAGAUGAGGACGAAUUUCGAAGCUUGUUUGAAUUCAUAAAAAUUUCGUAAAAACUCAACAAUGGAUCCAGAUUGGUACAAAAGAAAGUAAUAAGACAGAAAUUACAAUGAUUCAGGAUUUAUAUGGGAUGAAUAAGUAAAUUGUAGAUGGAACACUGGGAGCAAAGUCAGACUAUAGUUUGGCUUAGUACAAUUAAUUUAUUCAAGUUGAAGAUAUUCUAAGGUACCAAGCUCAUCAAAUGACCUUUGUAAUUUGGCAUCAGAACCACCAAGUAGCAUUAUAUAGCACUGUCCCCUCUUUCUUCCCUCUCUUUAUAUCUCGCGUCUCUAUAGACAUUUGGAAACUAUGUAUUAGAUCAUGAUCAAGACAAUUCAUGGUUUUUGGAGUGGUAUGGAGAUAGAUAGAUGUAGAUAGAUGUUACAACGUCUGGCAAUAUUUUAUCAGAGUUCGCUGAUAUUGUAAUGAAAUACUGUCCCCAGGACAACAUUUUGUUAAUUACAGUAAUCGAUCAUGUUAUGCUCGGUGGACUCAAAAAAGUAUUUCCAAACAAAAAAAUUAAGGUGAGCAAAGUCAAUGAAAUUUGCUCUCAGUGUUUCAGCUCUGUUUAAAAUACACACCCGUUCCAUUUUUUCCACCUCAAAAAUUCAACUUACGAUAUCGUCGGUAUUCGGGAAUUCAAAAAUAGCAUCGGAAAAUAAACAGUCUAGAAUUAGACUGGAUGAAUCACAUCACCCAGCACGAGUCAUGAUUUUUCUCAAAUUUUUAUUGUAUACGUACGUACAUGAACAACAUUCAUGAAAAAAUUGUACAGUAUUAUGUUUUUUAUAGAAGUAGAUAUAUUUGUAUAUUUUUGUAUUUAGAAAUAAAUAUCGGUCAAAAGACAACAUGAUUAGUACAAGAAGCAUACAUGAAUCCAUUGAACUUCCCAGCCUGAAAUAUUAGCUGUCCAAAGAUGCUUGCUGCAUUUAUAGGAGGUGUAACCCUCCCCAUAACCCAGCACUUUGGUCAUAUUUGGUGGUCUUGAAAGCCCUACUAUAAGACCUGUAGACCAAUUACUCCAGAAUCCAAACUUUUUAAAGCCUUCCUCGGUCUAACUUUUUAGGACAUAGUGAAUUGCUAGAUGACCCAAUAUUCAUAUUUAAGUUACUUAAAAUAUCAAAAUUAUAUCUCUGGGCAAGUUUUCGUUGAUAAAUAGAAGUCAAUUGUAAUAAACACAGGAUUUGUGAUGUCUAUCCAAAGAUGUACUGCGAAAAUGCAGUUCUUCUCAAGCCCGGGUAACUGAUGAGUUCACUGUAAUUUUGUUUCAAUAUAAUUUUUGUCUUUGAAGACAACGUUUUGGUUGAGUCAACUUCCAAGCUCGUAUAAUACUU